ACAGCCUGGUCUAAAUUUACAUUUUUUAUUUUAUUUUUGUUCUUGUUUGCUCUUUGUACUUCUGCUCUGUAAGAUUGGGCAUAGAUUGAGGAGUUUCCAGGAAACAGACCAACAUGGAAGGUCGAUGCAUGAUCAAGAACGAUGUCACUGAAUUGAUAGGUAACACACCAAUGGUGUAUCUGAACAAAAUUGUUGAUGGUCGUGUGGCUCGUAUCGCUGCCAAGCUUGAGAUGAUGGAGCCUUGCUCUAGCGUCAAAGACAGAAUUGCUUAUAGUAUGAUUAAAGACGCAGAAGAGAAAGGAUUGAUUACUCCCGGAAAGAGUACAUUGAUCGAGCCAACGGCUGGUAACACUGGGAUUGGUUUAGCCUGCAUCGGAGCUGCAAGAGGCUAUAAAGUGAUCCUUGUGAUGCCUUCCACUAUGAGCUUAGAGAGAAGAAUUAUUCUAAGAGCUUUAGGUGCAGAGCUUCAUCUCACAGACGUGGGCAUUAACAUUAAAGGAAUGUGGGAGAAAGCUGAAGCGAUUCUAAGCAAAACUCCUGGUGGUUACAUUCCCCAACAGUUUGAGAAUCCUGCAAACCCAGAGAUUCAUUACCGAACCACGGGACCGGAGAUAUGGAGAGAUUCAGCUGGGAAAGUAGAUAUAUUGGUUGCUGGUGUUGGCACUGGUGGAACAGCUUCUGGAGUAGGGAAGUUCCUCAAGGAGAAGAAUAAAGACAUUAAGGUUUGUGUGGUGGAACCUCUAGAGAGUCCGGUCCUGAGCGGAGGCCAACCAGGUCAUCAUUUGAUCCAGGGAAUUGGUGCUGGUAUCAUCCCAUUCAAUUUGGACUUAACCAUUGUUGAUGAAGUUAUUAAAGUGACAGGUGAUGAAGCCAUGGAAACAGCAAGGCUUCUUGCCCUCAAAGUAGGAUUAUUGGUAGGAAUAUCCUCUGGAGCUACAGCAACGGCUGCGUUAAAGGUUGCAAAACGGUCAGAAAAUGCAGGGAAACUCAUUGUGGUGGUUUUUCCCAGUGGGGUAGAACGUUAUUUAUCAACUAAACUGUUUGAUUCGGUUAGAUAUGAAGCAGAGAAUUUGCCUACUGAAUGAAUGGAGGGUAACGUGUGAUUUGGUUUGGUUUGGUAAGAGAUGUUUGUGCCCUGGAACUAGUCAUUGUAAAAUCAAUAAAAGCAUCAUGGUCAUUGUAAUUAAACAAUCUACAGCGAUUAAUUCCCCGUCUAAAGCAUGAACUUUAUUAAAACAAAGCAAAUGUCAUGGUAUCUGGUUUUAUUAAUAAUCACGACAUACAUUUAAAAGUUACAUAUUGCAACUCACAAAAUAAAAUUUAACGUCAACUAUGCAAACACCAGACUAGACAUAAUCAUCAUGCAAAGAGUUUUCGAGAAAUGAAUAUUAUGAAAAUACCAAGAGUUUGUCUAUUCCUCGGAUAAGAGGUGUUCAUCGAUCUCUUUGGUCAUCUCAGCCAAGAAAGGGAGGAAAUUAUCUGGGUGAGGCACGUUCUCAUCACUCCUCUCGUACUCAAGGUGCCAUUUCACC